CACGAAGAAAUUCCGAGAUAAAAUUUUAAUUUACUAAUUUAAAAUCAAACGGCUCUCGGUAACAAAAUCAUACUUGCAGUCCUGGGCACCAAUUGAUCAUUCCAGAGGUAGAGGAGAGUGAAAGAGAUGGCAGGAGGGCAUGGAGAGGGCAUCAAUUACAAAGGCUUGACUAUGCAUAAGCCAAAGCGAUGGCAUGUAGUCACUGGAAAGGGCUUGUGUGCUGUCAUGUGGUUUUGGGUACUUUACAGGGCGAAGCAAGAUGGCCCUGUAGUAUUGGGCUGGAGACAUCCGUGGGAGGGCCAUGGUGACCAUGGCCAUGAGAGUGGACACUAGGCAUCCCAUUGAAGAAUGAAGAUCAAUAGCCAACCGUAAAUGUAUUUGUCGAUGGGUUGUUGGCCAUGCUGUCUUGAUGAGCCCUGUUUCUUUCUUCGUUUCAAUAAAGUGGUGGCGGAAAAAGAUUCCCGCGUACAUUGAAACCCAUUUUAACAUGCUUCUUUGUGAUCAUGGAUUUUAGUUUGUAUGUAUUCUUCUCUAGACAUGGGCGCUUCUCUGUGUAUCAUGCUGUACCAGUUCAUCCCAGCAUGUUUUCGGUGCCUGGCAAGGUAUCAUUUGCUUUUCCCACUGUUCUCUAUGUAGCAAAUCAUGGUAAAACCCCAGCCUUGUGCUCUAACCCUUCACAACAUCAAAAUUUCGAACUAUUUUCCAA